GUGUCCUUGCUAAAUUCCAGGACAGGAAAGGCACUUCCUGUGCCGCACCAGCGCUCUUUGGGGAAAGCUCACAGUCCCUCUGUGUCCCUGCAUCAUGGACAGGACAGCUGUGGUGAUGAACUCCAGGGAUUCCUCUCUGCCACAGUUCAACACCUCCACAUCCACCUUGGCCUUUGACCAGCACUUUACCACAAACACCACAGGAAUACUGCUUUUGGCUGAGAUACUGAGCGGUAUGUUGGUCUGGAUCCUGGUUGGAGGCACAGAUUACUUCCACCUGUCUGCUCUCAGCUGGGUCAUGUUUGUGGCUAUCCUGCUUUGGAUUCUAACCAUAUGCCUGUUCAUAAUUUAUCUCACCCGAGCCCACAGCAGAAUACCACAGAUCUCUUGGACUACAGUGUCCUUGUGUUUUAACUGCAGUGCUGCUGUUUUAUACCUGGUGACAGCUGUGAUAGAGGCUGUAACUGUGAACCAGGCCAUCAGAGGGCGACACAACUACAACUGUUGGGCAGCAUCAGCAUUCUUUGCGUUUUUGGCCACUUUGUGCUAUGCAGGAAGUAGCUAUCUGAGCUACUGCGUGUGGAAAACAAAAGAAGAAGAACAGUAGAGCUUCUCCUGACCCCCAGAUUUCCAUGUGCGUCAACAGAAGCCUAAAGAGAAGCAGAACGCAGGUUCUCUAUCAACCAGCACAGCUGACACCACAGUUGAAGAGGUUCACUGAUAAACUAAAUCAAUAUGAAAAAAAACCCAACAACAUUUAUGGAAGAAAACCUUAUUUUUUUGUGACUUCACAAAAUGAUGAAAUCAGAAAUGAUGUUUCCACUUGGCUCGUGUUAACCUCUCACCAAGUUACUUUUAACCUCACUUUUGUAUUGUGGUAAACAACUGAAUCUGGAUAAGACUAACACAAAAACAACCACCAUUUUAAAAACUGUUAUUUCUAGCACAUGUCCAUACUUUUUAAUAGUCCAUAUUUUACUUCUCAGAAAUAGCAUGAGGGCUGCAUAAUUUGUUAAUAAGUUUAAUUAUGAUCUCUAUUUGUAUACAAGCACAAUUAGUGAUCCAGAUGUAGAAGUCGAUUUUUGUUUUCACUUCUUUAUUUAAUAAAUAUAACCAAAUGUA